GUUUCGCUCUCUUCCCUGUGAUACCGAACCAGAAGAGCGGCGGCGCGGGCGGACCAGGAGGAGGCGGAGAACCAGCAGCGGGGACCAAGUCACCGCCGCCACCAUGGGUAUCUCGCGUGACUCGAUGCACAAGCGCCGGGCCACCGGUGGGAAGCAGAAGGCCUGGAGGAAGAAGCGAAAGUAUGAGCUCGGCCGCCAGCCAGCUAACACCAAGUUGUCAAGCAACAAGACGGUGAGGAGGGUUCGUGUCCGUGGAGGUAAUGUGAAGUGGAGGGCUCUCCGCCUGGAUACUGGUAACUACUCAUGGGGAAGUGAGGCUGUUACCCGCAAGACCCGUAUCCUUGAUGUGGUCUACAAUGCUUCAAACAAUGAGCUCGUGAGGACUCAGACCCUCGUGAAGAGCGCCAUUGUGCAAGUUGAUGCUGCCCCAUUCAAGCAGUGGUACCUGACACACUAUGGAGUGGACAUCGGUAGGAAGAAGAAGGCACCUGCUGCCAAGAAGGAUGGUGCUGAGGGACAAGAGGGUGAGGCUGCAGCUGAGGAAACCAAGAAGAGCAACCAUGUCCAGAGGAAGCUUGAGAAGCGUAAGGACGGACGCGCACUUGACCCGCACAUCGAGGAGCAAUUUGGCAGUGGAAGGCUUUUGGCUUGCAUUGCUUCCCGCCCUGGGCAGUGUGGCCGGGCUGAUGGGUACAUCCUUGAGGGUAAGGAGCUUGAGUUCUACAUGAAGAAGCUCCAGAAGAAGAAGGGCAAGGGCGCAGCAGCUUAGAGGCAUUCUCAUGCAUGUUUGGAAGGGGUGACCUAUGAAAUAUUUACUCUGGGUUUUUUUUGUUAGUUGUCUCAAGGGCAGAGCAUCUAUGUCGUAUUUGCAGACCUGAUGAGCACAGUAUUUUCUAAAAAUGAAUCAACUCUAGCGAAGAACUGAGAAUUUUCACCUGCCGUGGUUGUAUUCUCGUAAUAUUUAGGUUCUAUGUUUUGUUUGUGCUGCAGCAGUUUCUGUGUUUAGCAGUUUCGUUUUUUA